CGUACACCUCGGAACAUUUCUUCGAGUUUAUCGAUCCGUGCGCGUCCCGCGAACGCAGUCGUUUCCGGAUAAGCGAUGUUAAUCGAGAACUUCUCGGUCAAAUCGCCGCACGUCACGUACUCGACGAAUUUUAUAGAGUCUUCUUACACGUGUGCAACUCCAACACUGCUAAUCUUUGUUUGAGUCUGCGAUUUUUCCGUUUUCGAUGUCAAAUAGAGGUCCUAGUGACUUCGUUGGACGAUCACCACUACCGCAACUUCUCGCAAAGUCUGUUCGCUUCUUGUCACUCUUGUUUCUGUACAGGUACCAUGACACGAAGUUGACCUCAGAAGAUCUAGGAGCUGGAAAAUCUGCUUGGACUGUAGAACCUAUCGAAACAAGGUUUCACUUCAAGGUGAACCGCCAUGCUCCGAAACUAGGGAUCAUGCUUGUAGGUUUAGGCGGCAAUAACGGAAGUACAUUGACCGCUGGAGUCAUUGCCAACCGCGAAGGCAUCACCUGGAAAACCAAGGAAGGCGUAAGAGUUCCGAACUAUUGGGGCUCUCUCACACAGGCAAGUACUUGUCGUGUCGGUGCUAUCAACGGACAAGAGGCCUAUGUUCCAUUUAAGUCUCUUCUUCCCAUGGCAGAACCCAACACCAUUGUUUUCGACGGUUGGGACAUAAGUGAUAUGAAUCUCGCGGACGCCAUGGAACGCGCAGCUGUUCUAGACUGGGAUCUGCAGAGACAGUUGACUCCUCAUAUGAAAAAAAUCGUUCCGCGCCCAGGAAUUUUCGAUCCCAAAUUUAUUGCUGCCAAUCAGGAAAUACGUGCAAACAACUGUAUCAAGGGCACAAAGCAAGAACAGAUGGAUCAAAUUCGGCACGAUAUUAAUGAUUUCAAGACAACGAGUGGAGUGGAUAAGGUUGUUGUAUUAUGGACUGCCAACACCGAGCGGUAUUCUGAGCUUGUUGUUGGACUCAACGACACGGAAGAGAAUUUGCGUCACUCGAUUAAGAACGGUGAGCUUGAAGUCUCGCCCUCGACGCUGAUGGCGCUAGCUUGCAUAGACGAGGGUGUUCCUUUCAUCAACGGAUCGCCGCAAAACACCUUUGUGCCUGGUGUAGUAGAAGCUGCGGUUCGUCUGAAAAGCCUUAUUGGCGGCGACGAUUUCAAGUCAGGGCAGACGAAGAUGAAGUCUGUGCUAGUUGACUUUCUAGUUGGUGCCGGAAUCAAGCCCACAUCUAUCGUCUCCUACAACCACCUCGGCAACAACGAUGGGAUGAAUUUAUCGGCACCCCAGACAUUUCGAUCGAAGGAAAUCUCGAAAUCAAAUGUUGUUGAUGAUAUGGUGAGCUCUAAUAGUAUAUUGUACAAGCCUGGGGAGCGUCCAGAUCACGUUGUGGUUAUCAAGUAUGUUCCAAACGUUGGAGACAGCAAGCGUGCAAUGGAUGAAUACACCUCUGAGAUAUUUAUGGGCGGGCGCAACACCAUUGUGAUACACAAUACGUGCGAGGAUUCUUUAUUGGCAGCACCACUCAUUCUGGAUAUGUGCCUGAUCGCAGAGCUUUCCACGCGUAUUGAGGUGAAAUCUGAUGGAGAAGAAUACCGUAGUCUGCAUCCAAUUUCGGUACUACUUUCGUAUCUCACAAAGGCACCACUCGUGCCAAGUGGUACCCCAGUGGUGAACGCACUCGCCAAGCAGCGAGCCAUGCUGGAGAAUAUAUUUCGUGCUUGCAUCGGACUCGCACCAGAAAACAAUAUGCUCUUGGAGCACAAGUGAGAGCCACCUGUUUCCAUGGUCCUACGUAGGCGACCAAGAUCUAUGCAUAACUAUGGACAAUGGGAAACAGUCCAGUUCAGCCGCACAUACUACAGGUAUAUCCCCUCUUGGUCGACUAUGCGUGUCUUGCACGGCUUCGUAUCUAAUAAGAACAUACCAAGUAGAAAGCUCUGUGUCAUGUAAUGUAAGUAAUUUUCGUGCUCCUUUU